AUGCGACUCUUCCUCCUCCCUAUCUCGACGCGACGAGCAUUGAUCUACUGCCAAUCUCUCCACCAAAAACCCACCACCGAACUGAGCUUGGUACAGAAAACGAUUAACAAAGUACCAGAGACCUGGGCCAAGUGGGAGACCGCCGAAUCUGGUUGGAAGAAAGCCCUGACCCGAUAUGGCAAUGAGGGCCUCCGGCGUAUACCUUAUCAAGAAUGGGCGUUGAAAAGCUUUCCACCGCUUACCGAUGAGCUUCAGGCUGAGGAGCUGAGCAAAAAUCAGAAAUUCGAUGUCGUCUUUCCAGAAAAUAUAGUUCAGAAGGAAGAUGUACCAAAGAUUAUGAGAAGGCUUGCAGAUUUCUUAGUGGACAGCCGCCUUUUCAGACCAGUAUCCACUCCACCUAUGGAGAGCAUAUACAGCACGCCACCAAACUUUUCUAAACGUUUCACCUUCGUAACACGAUCCCAGGUUUUGGAGGGUGUUGAUCCAGAAGAAUCGAUGCUUCUACAGCCCGGUGCACACAAAUUGGUGGCCAAGAACCUAGAGGUUCCAGAGUUGGCCGCAGAGGUUGAGCGUGCUGUACGACAGGUGAAGCAGAGUUUACAGCGGCAACAAGAGCAGGAGAGACAGCUGAUAGACGCUCGGGAAAAGCAGAAUAACUCGACGCGGAAAUGA